ACACCUUCUGUACACAGGCAACACAAACUAGCCAUGAAGCUUCUAGUCAUUCUGGUGUUGGUGGGUGUUGCAGCAGCGAGACCUGAUCCCCUCGCAAAUCCUAACCCAACAGCUGGCAUCGGCGGACUCGGUCUCGGAGGUCUCGGCUACGGUCUUGGUGGAGGCUAUGGCGGUCUAGGUGGUCUUGGCUACGGACUGGGAGGCCUUGGGUACGGUCUGGGAGGCUUCGGUCGUGGUGGUUACGGUCUUGGCUAUGGCCCUGGUUUAAUAGGAGGCUAUUAUGGAUAAGAAACAACACCCUCAAAACUCUGAAAUGUUUCAACGCUCGUUAAAAAUUAGUAUCUCAUUAAAAUUUGUGUAAUAAGUCUUCUCCUUCAACUAAUAAAGUCUUUCAGCAUAUAGUU